AUGAAUGAAAGAUUUGAGUAAAAUCUAUAAGAGAUUCUUUAAAAAGAUUGUUUAACAUAAAACAAAAAUCUACUUCUCAAAGGAUAAAUUGAGUUAUUGAAAUUACAAAUAAGAGAUUAGAAAUUAAUCAAACAAUAACAAGAAUAAGAAUUAAAAGAAAUAGAAAAGAAAUAAGUUAUGCAAAAUUUAAAAGAAGAAUAAUAGAAGUAGAUUGAAGAAAAAGAGAUUUAAUUAAUCAAAUAAAAAAGAGAGCUUCAUCUAAGAUAAGAUGCAUGUGAAGACUUAUAAUUUGAAAUUGAAUAAUAAUAUUAGCAUCUUAAAAUACAAUAAGAAAAUCAUAAAAUUUUAGAUGAAUCAAUCAAAAGACUUAUGGAUUGUAUUUAAAAAUCUAAAAAAUCACCACUAAAAAAUUAGCAAUAUCAUAACAGAGUAGCUACAUCUCAUUCAUUUGAUGACCGAGUCAAUCCUUUUGGGAUUAUGGGAAUGCUAAAGUCUAAAAAUAAUGUUGAUGAUUAUAUACAGAAAGUAGAAAAAAUUAAUACUUCUAGACUAUAUGAUCAUUGA